AUGGUGAACACGCUCUCGACUCUGGCAGUCGCGUCCCUCCUGGGCGUGGCAAAAGCCUGGCUGCCCCAGGACAAUGUCCACCGCAUGGAGGCCCGUGAUGGGACCAACCUCUUCAACAAGACGACGACCCGGUCAGUCGAGGGCCGCUGGCUGACCACAAACGGCGCGCCCCUGCGCGGUGUGAACCUGGGCUCGCAGUUUGUCCUCGAGCCCUGGAUGGCCAGCAACACCUGGUCGAGCAUGGGCUGCAGCGGCCAGAACUCGGAGUUUGACUGCGUCUCGCACCUGGGCCAGGCCGCCGCCAACGCCGCCUUCCAGAGCCACUGGGGCUCGUGGAUCACCGAGGACGACUUCAACGAGAUGCAGAGCUACGGCCUCAACGCGGUCCGCAUCCCGCUCGGCUACUGGCUCGACGAGUCGCUCGUCUACGCGGACUCGGAGCACUUUCCCCAGGGCGCGCUGUCGUACCUCCGGAACAUUGUCGGCUGGGCCAGCGACCGCGGGUUUUACAUUGUUCUGGACCUGCACGGCGCGCCCGGCGCCCAGGUCGCUCAGAACGCCGACACGGGCCAGUAUGCGCCGACGCCCGGCUUCUACGUCGACUACCAGUACGAGCGCGCCCUCCAGUUCCUCGAGUACCUCGUCGAGCAGGUGCACACCGUCAACGAGUACCGCAACGUCGGCAUGAUUGAGCUUGUCAACGAGCCGGUGCAGACGCAAAACAGCCAGACCAGCAGCAUGCGCAACUCCUACUACAAGAACGCCUGGGACCGCGUCCACACCAAGGAGGACGCGCUCGGCGUCCACGGCAACGCCCAGGUCCACCUCGCCGUCAUGAACAACGACUGGGGCAGCGGCAACCCCACCGAGUCCAUGAACGGCUGGUACGUCGCCUACGACGACCACCGCUACCUCAAGUGGUCGUCGGUCGCCAUCGACAAGUCCGCCUACCUCCAGGCCUCGUGCAACGACAACAGCCAGUCCGACAGCCCCGGCAUCGUCGGCGAGUUCUCCCUCAGCCCCCCCGACAAGGUCCAGUGGAACGCCGACUGGACGCCCAGCACCAACACCGACUUUUACACCAAGUGGUUCGCCGCCCAGGUCACCUCCUACGAGCAGCACAACCUCGGCUGGUUCUUCUGGAGCUGGAAGACGGAGCUCGGCGACUACCGCUGGAGCUACAAGGACGCCGUCGCCGCCGGUGUCAUUCCCAAGGACCCGGGGUCGGUCGACCGCGGCGCUGCUUGUUAA